GCUUACACGGGUGUUGCGCUCAGAGUCCACAUGAAUCCUGUCUCCAUUCCAAGAAAAAGAGGCUUCCCAAACCGGAGGGAGAAUUCCCCUGACAUCAGUGACCUACUGAGGCAACUUCCAAGCGUGGAAUGGAGCUGGUGAGCAGGGGAGACCCCCAGCUCCGGGAGGUCGUGUGGUUCGCCGGGCGCUGCCGAGCCCUGACGCUGCUGCUGCAGGCUGUCUUUAACCUGCUGAUCCCGGACCACGCCGCGGACGCCUUCUCUCCCCCUCGGCUGUCGGAGCCCAGCCCGUGGGAUGUGCUGGUGGAGUGGCUGCUGGGCGGGCUGUCCCACUGGGACGCAGAGCACUUCCUCUUCAUCGCAGAGCACGGAUACCUGUACGAGCACAACUGCGCCUUCCUCCCGCUCUACCCCCUGAGCCUGUGGGCCGUGGCCAGGGGGUUCCUGUGGCCCCUGCAGCGGCUGCUGCGGCUGCGGAGCCGCCUCCUGCUCUCGGCCGUGCUGCUGAAUUCCCUGUUUUCCGCCCUGGCAGCCGCUGCCCUGUACGAGCUGGGCCGCGUCGUGCUGCGGCGGCGCCGCGUGGCUUUCCUCGCUGCCCUUCUCUUCUCCCUCAGCCCUGCCAACGUGUUCAUGGCAGCCGCUUACUCGGAGAGCGUGUUUGCUUUCCUGGCAUUCGCUGCCAUGUGGCAGCUGGAGAAGGGGCAGAGCUGGCUCAGUGGGCUGCUCUUCUCCCUGGCUUCUGGGGCGCGCGCCAACGGGCUGAUUAACGCUGGCUUCUUACUCUACUCCCAGGGUAAACGCUUUGCCCUCCAGCUGCAGGUGGGACCGGGAUCCCUAAGGAAGCUCCCUCUGUUGUGGAAGCAGCUCCUUAGCCUGGCAUCUUCAGCGGUCCUGAUGAGUGCUGGCAUUUUUCUGCCUUUUGCUGUGUUUCAGUACUAUGCCUACGUGAGGUUCUGUGGUCCUGGCACCAGCCUGGAUCGGGCCAUUCCCGAGCCACUGCUGCAGCUGGCUCGGGAUAAGGGCUAUCGUCCGGCAGCCAUGGAUGGGGCUAAACCCCCUUGGUGCUUGUGGAGGGUCCCUGUGGUCUAUUCCUACAUCCAAGACGCUUACUGGAAUGUGGGCUUUCUAAGGUACUUUGAGCUCAGGCAGAUCCCGAAUUUCUUGCUGGCUUUGCCUGUGACCCUUCUGGUCUCGUGGGCUGCCUGGACCUACGUCAGCACAAACCCCCGGCACUGCCUGACUCUUGGUCUGGAGAGAAGUAAGAGUGAAGAGGAGGAAAAGCCAAGAGAUGGAUUUUGCUGCCCUGCUGCCUUCGUGUACGUGGUCCAUGCCAUGGCCCUGCUGGCCUUUGGAUUCUCCUGCAUGCACGUGCAGGUGCUGACCCGGUUCCUUGGCUCCUCCUCUCCCAUCCUGUACUGGUUCUCAGCUCACCUGCUUCAGGAACACGAACCUUUACUCUGGAGCACAGGGACUGAUAAUCCACCCUCUGGGAGGUCUGUCCUAGGCGAAUCUCCCGGUUCUUGUGGGAAAGGGACUCCUGACAACCCUGUUGUGAGGCUGCUGCUGAACUGGCGAUUAAUUACCCCCCUCAGCAAGGGCAUCCUGGGAUUCUUCCUGUGCUACUGGCUGCUGGGACUGCUCCUGCACUGCAACUUCCUCCCGUGGACGUAGCAGGAUGUGCUGGCCCAGACUGGGAGCGGUCAGAAUCGAAACUCACUUUUUCUGGAAGCCUGAGGUAGCUGUGAUGCUGCUGCUGUUGCAGUUACAAAGGUGUUACUCCCCUGUUACUACGUGUGUACGGAGCUGCUGUGUCCCUCCGUGGUGUGAUGGUGCAGUGUCCUGCUCUGCUGUCAUUACUGAUGGCCAAAAUUCCCAUUCCCUGGGAUGGGAAUGCACCUCGGUUCCUGCAUCUCCUGCGGGAGAUUUAUGGCAGGACCCUCGUGAUGGAUUUGGGAACCCUCUGGGGUGUUGUUGGUGGGCACAGCUGGAGGACAGGGAGGAUCCAGCUGCUGUGAGCAGCUCAGACCACGCUGGUUCCUUCUCCACAGCUCCGAGCCAGGCUGGGCUGGGGC